GCACCAAGGACCCCUCAUUUCAACCCUGAGCUACCAAUCUUCUGCUUUAUUGAACUCAGCUGCUCCGCGGGAUCGGGUUCGAAGUUAAGCCCCUUCCAGGGGCUCGCAAACCAGCUAGCCCCGCGCAUCGGAUCCACGCGGGAUCAAACUCCCGUGGCUGAGCCCCUUAAGGAGGGUGGUGUGUUUUUUUAAAUGGGUCCCGGACCGGCUGCCCCGCCCCUGAAAAGGCCCUUUAAAAGAGCCGGCAUGGCCGCAGGGAGGGACCGCUGCCGGGCGAAGGCGCUACGAGGGCUCCAUGGCCGAAGGAGGCGAAGUCGCGGGGGCGCCGGACGUGAUCCUAGAGGAUUAUUUCGUGAUGGAGGAGGAAGACACAGAGGAAGAACCGGUGAUUGACAAAGCAACUGAAGAGGAUGAUGUUGAUCUUUAUAUUAACUUAACAUUCACUUCAGGUAAAUCAGCAAAUCCUGGCCCCUCUGGGUGCUUCUAUAUUGACCUAGAUGUCCUUUCUUUUGGCUUGCAAGAGUACUCUGAAGACCAUAAGGCAAAGGCCUUGACAAAGGAAUCUCAGAAAGUGGCUGCGGCUGAUCCCGGGGAAGGGGAGGCGGUCGAUGCUGAAGGAGAAGAAGAGACCGGAGCUUCAGACGUGGAACCGAUGGUAGAAGAUGGGAAAGAAGACGAAAGUCUUCCCCAAGAGUCUCCACCCCAGUUUGCUUAUGGCACCAUGGAGGUAGAGGAAGAAGACAUGAGUGACCAUGAAGAGGUGCCUACAAGUAGGAAUGCAGGAGAACUCCAUGAGUUGGAUGAUCCAGCAGUCAUGAGCGCUGUGCGGAGUCAGCAUCUGCUGGAGAAGGAAGAUUCUGCUAUUCUGGAUAGCAAACUGGCCAACAAUCUUUCAGAUUUUGCUCCUGAUUAUUUGCCCCAUUCGAAGUGUUGUAUGUGGAGUCCAACUCUGAGGAGGAGCCCAUCGUUAUCUAUGAUGCAGGCUCUAGAAAGGGUGUGUCGUUCCCGGGCCAAUCUGGACUUCCUGACUUCACCACGGCGGACCAGCUACCUCAAUUCCCCUGAUGUGCACUGCCCGGCUUUCUGCGGGCGGACUCGGACUUCCAAUCCCCAGCGUUUCAUGCGUCAACAACCUCCAGCGACGUCACCUUCUCUAAGACCGCCUUUUCCGUUCACUCCACCCCGCAGGAUACGUCGUCCGUUUGGCCUUGGUCAGAUGUCCGGGUAUCCUUCUCCACCUCCGUUCCAACCGUUCUUUUCCAAUGCCGGCAGCCCCACAUGGGCUUUGACGCACACCCCCGAAACGCCACCAUUCAGCCCACUGAGUGGCAGCCAACAGAAGAUCAGCUUGCCCAGCCCAAUGACCCAACUGCAUCCUUUGCAUCAGCGAUUUCUGACCCAAAGACAGCGAGGACAAGAAGCGAGACUUCCCUCCAUGGACUCUCAGCCACCAGAAGCGGAUCCUUUCUCUGCUCUCAUGACUCCGGUUGAAAAAGAUUGGGUGAUAAAAGUCCAGAUGUUACAGCUGCAGAGUGAAAACCCCCAGCGGGAUGAUUAUUAUUACCAGGAGUAUUAUCGCAAGCUGGAGCACAAACAAGCCGAGAAAGGACACCUGGCAGGGAGCAAACCGGAGAUCCCUAAGCUAGUCACCCCAUAUAUCCAAAGAGUGGAGACCUAUGAAUCUGUAGUGCGGAUUCCAGGAUCCUUAGGACAGGUAGCCAUGUCCACCUGCUACAGUCCCCGCAGGGCUAUCGAUGCUGUGCACCAUUUCUCUCUGGAACAGGCGGUGGGAAACCAACGGCUGCAAGUCCUAUACCAGAUUGAGAAAAUGUAUCUUCUGCUCCUGGAGAUGGAGGACGCGCAGCGGGAACUGGAUCAGGCCCCCGAAGAGAUGCAUCCCCAGUUACGGGAGAAACUUCUUCACGGGGUGGAGCGCACUUACCAAGCCCUGAGAAUUGAGGAGCAUUCUGGGGAAGAAGAGGUGAAAGAGGAGUUUCUACAGAUACUACUGGUCGGGAAAGGGAAGCGCUUAGUGGCACGGCUUCUGCCGCAUCUGUCCCUGGGACAAGCCAAGACGACGCUCGUCACCAUUGUGCAACACCUUGCAGUGCUUAUCAAGAAGGACUUGCUGGAGGAGACCCUCUCUGUCCUCUACAAUCCUCUCUGUGACACCAUUGGACAGUUGACAUUUGGAGAGCUGAUGGAUAUCCUCCAGGAACUCACCCAGCUGCAGCCUGAUUCUAUCAAGCAGUCCCUCGCUUUGGUCUUUAGCAAUAAGUUUGCCAUCUCGCUGCUGUACCAGCUCUUAAGCCAUGGGGAGAGAUGCCUCUCUUCAGAUACAUCCCCGAAACCUGAUAACAAAGACUUGGAAAAAUGGGUGGACUUGGUGCUACUUGUUGCAAGAGAGCUCUCUCAAGUUCCCAAAACUUCCAUGGUGGAACCCCUUCACCUUCCCAGCAACCUUCUCUUCCUCUUCUGUCGCUAUGUGGACAAGGACACCGUGAAGCGGUUGGAUGUCCAGAUGGACUGAGGAUUAUCCAUGGUUAAAGGAAUGUGUUAUAUAAAAGGCACGUAUGGCUUCUGGUGCUUUGAUCUUGCCUGCGCGUUGAAUAGCUUGGGGAUUGUCCAUCUUCAAUCUUUACGAGCUUUAGUAGAAAUGGGGCCAGCGGGGUGAUAGCCAGUUUGGUGUAGUGUAGCCCUCAGGAGCUGGGACACAGUUGGCG